AUGGGCGGGGGAACUUCACUUUGGGCUUCUCCCGAAUGGAAGAAGGACCCGAAAGAGAUUUUCAACUCGAGACUUCUCCUGCUGGGCAUCACCAUUGACUUUGCCGGAUGCUCCUAUGGCUUCGACCAGGGAAACAUCGGAGGAAUUAUGACGUUCCCAUCGUUUCGGACAGCCUUUGGGUUCGACACCAUCAGCCAAGCGGAAGCAGACACAAGAGAGGGAAAUAUAGCUGCGAUGUUGGCUGCUGGUGGAACCGCAGGGGCGUUGCUGGCAGCUUCUUUGUCCGACUUUCUCGGAAGGAAGAAGUCUGUCACUUCAAUGGCGGCACUGUUCCUGGUAGGCUGUUCCAUGCAAGAGGUUCCCAAGCUCAACGUUCUAUACGCCGGGCGACUUCUGGCCGGAGUAGCCAUUGGGGCAACUUCUAUGCUCGCUCCUCAGUACCUAGCGGAAAAUUCUCCGAAAUCAGUCAGAGGCUCUCUCACCACAUCUUACAACCUGAUGAUCAUACUGGCGCUAGCUCUUGCCUUCUGGACAAACUACGCGGUCAGUCUUUGGUCUCAGGAGGACCUCAACGACAACAAGGCUUGGCAGUUGGCUCUGGGCGUUCAGCUUAUUCCUGGCUUCUUCCUGUUUGUGUCCAUAUGGUUUGUUGUCGAAACCCCCCGUGCCCUCAUCUCGAAAGGAAAACACGAGCAAGGUUUGAAGAACCUUUGCAAGCUUAGGGGACUACCCGCGGAACAUCCCUAUGUCCGUCAAGAAUACAUGGAAAUCCUGGCACAGGCUGAAGCCGAACAGAACAAGGCGAAGGGAUAUGGAUACGUCGUUGUCGUCAAAGAAAUUUUUACCAACGCAAGCAACCGCCGACGUCUCUUUCUCGCCGUAUCGCUUUUUAUCUUUCACAAGGCUACGGGUACAGAUUCACUAAAUUACUUCGCUCCACAGAUUUUUGCUAUGAUCGGAGUUCCCAAAGGCUCUAGUUCGCUUUUGACUACAGGGGUCUACGGUGUUGUCAAGUUGGCAACGACCAUCAUCUACGUCACUGUCAUCGUCGAUCGAGUUGGCCGGCGACUCCCUCUUAUGAUUGGUGCCACUAUCCAGGCAACAUCGAUGCUAUAUAUCGGUCUCUUUCUUCGCUUCUCCGACGUUGAGCCUGGUAGUGGAACUACUCCUGGCGGCAUCGUGGGGAUCAUUAUGAUCUAUCUCUAUGCCUUUGGCUGGUCUUUUGGCCAUUCUGUAGCUCCUUAUGUGGUUGCUGCUGAGAUCUUUCCCUCUCGGAUCCGAUCCGUCUGCAUGUCUUGCUGCCUCUUCACGAAUUGGAUCGUCAACUAUGGCAUCACCACUGCAACCCCCCACAUGCUGUCGACAAUGGGUUACGGCACCUUUCUUUUCUUUUCCCUUAUGACAUACGCUGGCGUUAUUUUCGUCUUCUUUUGCCUACCGGAGUUGAAGGGCCGCAGCAUCGAGUCCAUGGAUGAUUUAUUUGCGCACUCACUCUGGACCAUGUUCAAACGCGCGUACCCUACUGAAGAUGAGAAAGUCAGGCAUGAUGUGCAGGAGAAGCUACAUCAAGAGGAAGAGAAGGGAGCGUCACAUGUGGCCAUGAUCGAGGAUAGUGGGAGGCGAGCUUAA